AACCCGUGGGAAUUCCCUAAGAGGUCCCCUUAGGGUCCCGCCUCCAAAACCCGAGAGGGACCCAACUUUCUUCCCGAAGAGGUCCCAUGAGGGACCCAAGAGUUCUUGCAGGCUGGGUUACCACCAUUUCACGUCGAGUUUAGCUAUCCGCCACUAAGUCGCCAUAUUGCCUAUUAGCGCACAAACAUGGCGGAUUAUAUAGCUUUACUCUUGAUAAGAAGGCGAAAUCUUCGUCGAAACAGGAUAUUUCGUGACCGGAGCAACCCGUUAGAUGUGUACGAUGAUGUGGAAUUACACAAGAAGUUUCGAUUUCGUCGAAUUGAUAUCAUGUCCAUUGUGGAUGAGAUACGAGGCGAGUUAGAAAUGUCCAAUCGAGGCAACAACGUGCUCGCCAGUACACAAGUGUGCGUCGCUCUUAACUUCUAUGCCACAGGUUCGUUUCUCAGUGAGUGCGGCGAUUUAGUCGGAAUUUCCGAAGCCACAGCAUGUCGCAUCGUAAGGAGAGUGACCAAAGCUCUGCUGUCACAUGCUCCUCGAUGGAUCGGCCUUCCCGACCAGCGAGAGGCGGAGCAACAGAAAGAGAAAUUCCUUGCACGUGGUGGAUUUCCGAAUGUCCUUGGAUGCAUAGACGGAACCCACAUCCGCAUUCAAGCGCCCAGAAAAAACGAGCACGAAUUUGUGAAUCGAAAUAAUUUUCAUUCACUGAAUGUUCAGGUUAUCUGCAAUGCAGAUUUGAUGUUUAUCGGUGUGCUGGCAAAGUGGCCAGGCAGUGUACAUGAUGCUCGCAUCCUUCGCCAGUCCAGGGUGUUUACAAUCUUCGAAGGCAAGGGUAGACCAGUGGAUGGGGUCAUGCUGGGAGACAGUGGCUACAUGAUCCGAGACUGGUUGCUGACACCAUUUCAGCAUCCUACAACUUUGCCCGAAAUAAAGUACAAUGCAGCACAUAAAUGUACACACUCUACAGUGGACAGAACAGUUGAGAUAGCUAAGAAGAGAUGGCGUUGUCUUCGGGGUCUGCGGGUAGAACCAGCUCGGGCCUGCGAAGUUAUUGUGGUUUGCUUCAUGCUUUCCAACAGAGCCCGAUCUCUCAAUUUGGGAGAGCCAGAUGAUGACAGCGACGACGAUGAUGAUGAUGAUGCACAAAACAACAAUGAUGAUGAUGAUGCACAAAACAAUGAUGAUGCACAAAACAAUGAUGAUGAUGAUGCACAAAGCAAUGAUGAGUAUGAUGACAAUCAAUAUUAUGACAAUGUUCUAGAGGAGGAUGUUCCCAAAGAAAGGGCGCUUGUUGCAGCAGGCCAGGCUGUGAGGAACCAAUUAGUAAAUAAUUUUUUCGUGUAAGUAUGUCAUACUAUUAUUGUAUACUUUUCUGUACAGUAUUGGAACUAUUUUGAUAACAAAGUUAGUAUAUCAAUAACAGACAUAGUCACAGUUUAGAUGUAGACCCAAUGUACAUGUGUUGAAGUGUUUUGUAGAUUUUUAAAAAAAUAUGUUCUGUAGUAUCAGAACUAUAUCACUGUAGAAACAGUUAAAUUUUCAAUCUGAUGAAACUUAAUAGCUAUUCAUUCAUACAAAUCCUUAGAAAGCAGCUAAUGUUUUUAAUUAUAGUAGAUGAGAGGUGCAGUUCUUCUUCGGUGGCUCUUUUUAAAUACUGUAAGGUUUCCAUUAUGAAAUCAUUUUGAAGAAAAUAUUUUUAUAACUAACUUAGUACAUCAACACCGAAGAUACAGUUUAGAUGUAGGCCCAGUGUAUAUGUGUUGCAGCAAGUCAAGCUGAUAGAAACCAGUUUGUCAUUCACAUUGAAUACGUUAUCCUAAUUUUAAGCUUUCUGUACAGUUCAUGGUGCAAGAACUAUGAAAAUGUAGCAAGUUUAUCUGUUUUAGAAAGUUGCUAAUCUUUAUUAGAAUAUCUGGAAGGUGCAGUUCUUCUACUGAAAAGUGUGUGAGUUUCUAUUAUGAAGUCAUUUUGACGAAUAAGUACUUCAGCAUCAGACAAAGUCUCAAUUGUAGGCACAAAGUAUGUGUUGUAUCAGUCCAAAUUGCAGGGAGAAAAUUUUGUAACAUUUCCUGAGGAAUGUAAUUUUUUGUAACUGUUUUGUUACGGUGAUUUAGUUAUUCAUUGCCUCUCAACUCUGCUUAAACACAUCAAGACUAAUCUUCAGUGCAUCACCUUGGUCUCUGUGAGCAGUAUUUGUACUGUUGGUGUCUGUGCAUGCAUAUUUCAGUGGUGGCACUGACGUAGGUGUAUGCAAGAUUAUGCGUGUAUACAAGCAUGGAUACCAGAUAAAGAAUUUUUGUUUAUGUAGGUCUGGCUUCAGCCGUGCAUGUAGUGUUUGGGUUAGGGUUACACGUGGCUGUCAUCACAAAGACAUGUUCUUAGUUUUGUCACUUGGUUAUUAAAUUCUUAUGCUCUUCUUCAGUAUUUUACAUGUGCAGCUCUUUUGAACUAGUGUUUGAAAUUUUUGGUCACUUAGAAGUAAAAUUCUGAGUAAAGUAGUAUAUGACAGCAUUAAAUAUUCACAUUUAAAGAACAGCCAGAAAAUAUAAGGAAAAAGAAAUGACCAACUUUUUUUUUUUCGAGGAUGCACUUUUGGCUUGGAAUGUGUACCGAGACCAUCCCCCC